AUGGAGAGGAGGAGGCGUGGCCGGAGGGAGAGACCGAGGCCUGGCGCUAGGGAACCAGAGCUGUAGCCGAAGGGACGCUGUCUCUAUAGUACUGGGGCAGUAAGGAUCGCGCAGCGGCGGGAAAAUACCUGAAGUCCCUCCCUGCAACAGCUUCACCGGUGCGGCACGUUUUUUGGCCGGAAACCGAAAGAAGAAAUCGGAAGUGACGUCGCGGUCAAAACAAGCCGGGGCGUGGGGCCCUGCACUGUAUCUGGCCGCAGAUGGAAAGGCCCGACUCGCUGUGGGCUGUCGAAGGCGGUCGCCAGGCCUUGCGCUCCCACACGGUCGGCCUCCGGCCCUUAUCCCCGGGACCAGCCCGCCGCGGUUGAGCCAGAGUUUCCGCCCUCCCUACCGGAGCCGCGCUGGGAUUUUUCGGGCAGAGUUGGCGGGAGGCGACAGAGCGGACUUCCCUCCCUGCAACAGUCUCCCCUCCAGCGGGUUCCUGUCCUGGGACGCCGGGACACCUGUGGCCUAUGUUUUAAUACCCAAAUUUGAAGAAUACACUGUAUGCCAUUCUUAUAAAACCAAGGGGAAAUCAUGAAGAAAUGUUUUAAUUAUUGAAACUACAGUUGAAAUCAUGGCUACAUCAGCAAAUCUGGAUAUUGGAGCCCAGCUGAUAGUAGAAGAGUGCCCCAGCAGUUACAGUCUAACUGGCAUGCCAGACAUUAAAAUAGAACAUCAGCUGGACUCAAAUGCAGAAGAAGGAUCAGCUCAGGGUGUUGCCAUGGGGAUGAAAUUCAUACUGCCUAACAGAUUUGAUAUGAAUGUCUGUUCUCGGUUUGUGAAGUCCUUAAAUGAAGAAGAUAGUAAAAAUAUUCAAGAUCAAGUUAACUCUGACCUGGAGGUGGCAUCUGUCCUAUUUAAAGCUGAAUGCAGUAUCCAUACAUCUCCUUCUCCGGGAAUUCAAGUAAGGCAUGUCUACACUCCCUCUACAACAAAGCACUUCUCACCCAUAAAACAGUCAACUACUUUAACCAACAAACACAGAGGAAAUGAGGUCUCAACCACACCUCUGUUAGCAAAUUCUUUGUCUGUUCACCAGUUGGCUGCUCAGGGAGAGAUGCUCUACCUGGCUACUCGUAUUGAACAAGAAAAUGUUAUCAAUCACACGGACGAAGAAGGAUUUACUCCUCUGAUGUGGGCUGCAGCACACGGGCAAAUAGCUGUGGUAGAGUUUCUACUUCAGAAUGGUGCUGAUCCCCAGCUUUUAGGAAAAGGUCGAGAAAGUGCACUGUCAUUAGCCUGUAGUAAGGGCUACACGGAUAUUGUCAAAAUGCUGCUGGAUUGUGGAGUUGAUGUAAAUGAAUAUGACUGGAAUGGAGGGACGCCUUUGCUUUACGCUGUACAUGGAAAUCAUGUGAAAUGUGUAAAAAUGCUCUUAGAAAAUGGAGCUGACCCAACAAUUGAAACCGACUCUGGAUACAAUUCUAUGGAUCUAGCUGUAGCCUUGGGCUAUAGAAGUGGUAAUCCUUGGGUGGACUUCAUCUCACAUGACAUUGAAAAAGGAUGUGUGGCCAUGACCCUUUUUAGUACUUCAGUGAAAGCCAGCCUGGGAGUAAGGAUUUCCUUGGAGACACGGGCGUUGACUGAAGCACUGGCCUCCAGAACCCAUGCCAGCUCACAGGGGUCACAAGGCCAGGUAACGCCUCCUCCAUCAUGCAUGCCUGUUAAGAAAACCUUUUCCUCUUAGUUGGCUGUCCUGGUGUUUGCCCCUCUUCCAAGGAGACUGUCAACAAGAAUUAAGUCAACUGCAUGUACCCCUGUCUCAGUGAGCCCCUUCCUCAAAGGCCCUCUCAGCUGAGUCAGGAACAGCGUGUCAGUAUUUAAGGAAGAGCCCAUCCACCUAACCAAGCCAGAGUUUGGCCUGUUCAGAAGAUAAACCACUCUCUCUGCGCCAUUCCAGAUUCUUCUUUUAAAGAUAAUGUCUCCAGGGCUUCCCUGGUGGCGCAGUGGUUGAGGGUCUGCCUGCCAAUGCAGGGGACACGGGUUCGAGUCCUGGUCUGGGAGGAUCCCACAUGCCGCGGAGCAACUCGGCCCGUGAGCCACAA